CUUGCUCCGCCCCAGCCCCCUAGCGCUGGGUGCGCGCGCAGCCGGUGUCACCUUGGUGCCGGCCCGGCCUGGCCCGAGCGAUGGCGGCGGCAGGGUCCGAGCGUCCCAAAACCUCCCCCAAGGCCGUGAAGUUCCUGUUCGGCGGCCUGGCCGGCAUGGGGGCAACUGUGUUUGUGCAGCCCCUGGACCUGGUGAAGAACCGCAUGCAGCUGAGCGGGGAAGGAGCCAAGACCAAAGAGUACAAAACGAGCUUUCAUGCAGUCAGAAGCAUCCUCAGGAAGGAAGGCAUCCGUGGCAUCUACACUGGGCUGUCGGCAGGGCUCCUGAGACAAGCGACCUACACCACCACACGCCUGGGCAUCUACACCAUCCUCUUCGAGAAGCUCACCAAGCCUGAUGGCACUCCACCCAACUUCUUCAUGAAGGCGGUGAUCGGCAUGACGGCUGGUGCCACUGGGGCUUUUGUGGGCACACCAGCCGAGGUGGCGCUCAUCAGAAUGACGGCAGAUGGCAGGCUUCCCCUUGACCAGAGAAGAGGCUAUACCAAUGUCUUCAAUGCACUGCUGAGGAUAACCCGGGAAGAGGGCCUGCUAACACUCUGGCGGGGCUGUGUCCCCACCAUGGCCAGAGCGGUGGUUGUGAACGCUGCCCAGCUAGCCUCCUACUCUCAGUCCAAGCAGUUCUUGCUGGACUCUGGCUACUUCCAAGAUAACAUCUUCUGCCAUUUCUGUGCCAGCAUGAUAAGUGGACUGGUGACCACAGCUGCUUCAAUGCCGGUGGAUAUCGCCAAGACUAGGAUUCAGAACAUGCGAAUGAUCGACGGAAAGCCAGAGUAUAAGAAUGGGCUGGAUGUGCUGGUGAAAGUCAUCCGGUAUGAAGGUUUCUUCAGCCUGUGGAAGGGUUUCACCCCAUACUAUGCCCGCCUGGGGCCCCACACAGUCCUGACAUUCAUCUUCCUCGAGCAGAUGAACAAAUUCUACAAGAAGUUCUUCCUCAGUGCCUAAUAGGAGGCCCUGCCCUGCCACAGCUGGGCUUCCCCCCAGAACGCAGUGCUAAGGAGAAUGCCUCCUUGGGGCCAGCGUCUUGGAAUGAGACCAGGCUGUGAAUCAUGGAUCUGGUUGGAGACCCUCCCCUUCGUGUUUGGUGUCAGUCAUGUUGCAGUUCUCCCCUGGUUCCCAAAUCACAUGACAGGAUCGGCAGGGAGGACAGUGCAGAACCUCAGAGCUUCUGUAUGGACGGGGUGGGGUGCUCCAGCCGUCUGUGGAUUAUUUAUUGGGGGGGCCAAGACUGGGACAGUACUUUCGGACAUGAACCCUCGGGUAGCAAUGGCCGCCCUGCGUGCGAUGUGCAGGUCUGUUAGUUGGGCCAAGCCUUGUAUCUUGUCUGUCCCUCUUCUAGUUGCUUGGAACUCAGUAAACAGAUCAUGGUACUGA